AUGGAGGAAGCUGAGGAAAUCGAUCAAAUGGAAGAAGCAGAGGAAAGCGCUCAGAUAGAGGAAGUUGAGGAAGGCGAAGUGCCAGAAGAAGUCCACGAAAUGGAUCUGAUGGACAAGGUCGGCGAGAGAGAUCAGAAGCCGAACCCUGAUGAUGCGCAUGUAACAGAGACAAGCCGAAUACGAUCUGCGCAUGAUCACUUUCGAACUCGAAAGUGA